UUACUCUGAAUUAAAUAUGUUUUCGGUUCUGCAUUCGUUGGACUGUUUUAGGUUGUAAGGCGAGUAUUGUGUUCUUAAAGCUAGCGUAAAUAGCCCUUGUUAACGCCUAUGACUGUUGUGUGUGGCUAUAGCGAGCUAGCGGUCAUCUGAAGCACAUGCAAGUUAACGUCACUGGAUGGUACAAGGAAGUGCAGUAAUCUAACCUGUCCUUCCGACCGUGGAGCUGCGUAGCUUACAGACAGCUUGAUAAUACAACCGGUAUUCAACAGUCUGACAUUUCUAUCCUUUUUUUUUGGUAAUUUGUUUAAUUUGUCGCGCGUAUGUUAGCCUAAUAGUGUUUAAGGUGUUGAUAAAGUCGAUUUCUGAAGGAGGCUGAAAGUAUAACGCAUACCCCGUGAUAAUCACUAUACCUGGACGUUCUUAUCAUCCAGAGGAAGGUAACAGAAGAGGGAACGUCAUUCCUAGAUGCAUUCCUAAAUUCGCCACUGUUAGCCUCUCAACAGGCCAAAUGGAGGACGUGGAUGUGGACCAGGUGACCCUGGCGUUGCUGGAUGCUGCUAAUGAUAAAGACUCAUUCGUGCAGGAGCAGGUUCGGAAGUCCAUACUGACCCUGGGCAACCAGCAGCCAGAGAGGGUACUCUCCAUGUGCCAGGACUACCUGGUGAAGCACCCUAAGCUCAUUGUUGGACAUAGAGUUGUCAUACUACAGACUAUUGAGCUUGUGGUGAAAAGCAAGAUCAAUGAGAUCAGUUACCCCAGAAUCAAGAGCAUCAUUUCUCUGGCCUCAGAUGAAAUGACAAGGUCAAAGGAAGUGGUUCCAGAUUGGCAACAGGCAGCUAGCAACAUUCUGGUUGCUGUUGGUAACAAACACAUCAAUGAUAUAAUGGAGGAGAUCCUAAGCAAGUUCCAACCAGGGGUCCUACCGCAUUUCUUUGUGGUCCAAACAUUAGCCAGUCUCUCUGAUUCUAACGUUUAUGGCAUGGUUCCCUUCCUCAAUGCCAUUCUGGGCACCAUGCUGCCGAUGCUGGGCAUGGCUAAACAAGACAAUAUGAAGUGGGUGUUCUCUUCUGCACUCUCCCACUUCAGCGAGAGCAUUCUGGAGUACCUGGCCAACUUAGACAAAGCCCCGGAUCCCACGGUGCGCAAGGACACUUUCUCGAGCGAGAUCUACGCCUCCUACGACAUCCUCUUCUGCAACUGGCUUCAGAGCAGAGAGCCCAAGCUGCGUCUGACUGUGGCGGAAGCUCUGGGGUCCAUGAGUCACCUGAUGGCCCAUGAUAAGCUGGAGGAGCAGCUGCCCAAACUCAUACCCACGAUCCUCUCUCUCUACAAGAAGAUCCCCGAGCAUUACAUCAUCAGCAAGAGUCUGUGCCAGAUUCUAGAUGCUUCUGUAAGCAUGGGGAGCCGGGUGCUGGAGACUCAGCUGGACAGCCUGCUCCUGGCUCUGCACCAGCAGAUUUGUGCGCCCAUCGACUACAGUAACCCUCCAACGGUGAAGAACCACAAUGAGGUCUUACGAUGCUUCAGUAUUCUGGCCAACACCUUCCCUGACAGGCUGCUGGUGUUUGUUCUGCAGAAAUUGGAGAACAGUAACGAGAGGAACCGCGUUGGAUCUCUGGCGGUCCUCAGACACCUCAUCAACUCUUCCACAUCCAUCAUGGAGAGCAAGAAACUGCUCAUUCUGGCAAGCAUCCGACAGCCACUGGCAGACCACAGCAAUAAGGUGAAGAAAAUGGUGGUUCAGGUGAUCAGUGCCAUGGCUCACCACGGCUACCUGGAGCUGGACGGGGGAGAUCUGUUGGUGCGCUUCAUAGUUCAGCACUGUGCUCUCCCAGACACGUUCUAUCGUGGACAGCGCCCCACAGAUCCAGAGGAGGUGAAAAACGAGGCCUUGAGGAGCAUGUGUGACAACACCCUGCACCUGUUCACCACCACGGUGGGACGCCUGACUGACGUGUUGUGGCCAAUGCUGAUUGGCUACUUGACUCCGGCACAGUAUUCCAAUGCCACCACGCCCCUCUGCAAGAGCCUCAUCCUGCUGGCCAGAAAGAAACGAGCGGCCCAGGAGCUCAACUUCACCAUCGACUUCAGCGCCCCAGGCACCAACCUCCCGUCCCCCUACGUCCUGAUGAUCAGGCUCCUGGUGAACGCUGCCUUCCCCUUCCGCUGGCGUGGCCACGGCGCUCCGUCUCUCAGCCUGCUGGACGCUCUCUCUCCCAACAUCCACCCCAGUGCGGAGCAGGUGUGGCAGCAGGAGAUCCCCCCGCUCCUGACUCUGCUGGAGGAAUCCUCUCCUGACACUAUAGACCAGUAUAACUGGGAAGAAAGUAUAUUGCAGCUCUUGUCCAAAACCCUGGUGGCCAUAGCUGAUGACAAGUGGAGCUGUCAGCUGGCCAUUGAAGCGACACGGUAUCUCUCCACCUACAACCACUACCUUGAGGAGAAGAGUUUCCUGUACAGGUGUAUAGGGAUGACCCUUCAGCAGUGCUUCAACAGAGACCUGGUCAAGAAGCAGCUGCAGGAGGUCCUCAUCAAUGCACGUCACCAUGACAACAUAGAGAGAGAGGGAGUUGCGAUGGGAAUCGGGCUUUGUGCCAGCAACCAUCUUGAUGCCGCUUUGGCGAAGCUGGAAGAGUUUGGGAAAUCUGAUGCCUUCAAAAAGUCCUCUGGGAUCUUUGGUCUGCUCAAAGACAAGAACGAGGUGGACGUGGAGAAGAUGAAGAGCACUCUGAUCCUGUGCUAUGGCUACGUGGCCCUGCACGCCCCUGAGGACCAGAUCCUCACCCGCAUCGACUCUGACAUCCUCAAGAGCAUCAGCAAGCACUUCAACACUAAGGUUCUGGGGAUUAAAGUAGAGACCAAGGACAUGACCAUGAAGCUGAGUCUGAUCCAGAGUGUGGGUCUGGUAGCGAGGGCCGUCAGUGCAUGUGUGCGCCGCCAGAGCUACAUGUUCCCUCGCAAACAGGAGCUGAUGGGCGUCAUGAUGGACUUUAUCAAAGCAGAGCCCACUGACGUGAUGCGGACGCCAGUGCGCCACCUUGUCAUGACCACGUGUGCCAACCUCGUUAACCUGGACCCUCAGCUGGCAGAGAAUGAGAACUUCGAGAUGCUGCGGACCUGCCUGGACGGCGUGUUCUGCCUGCCUCCGGUGGACACCCCCGACAAGGGCAAAGAGGACGAGGCCCUGGACCCUCAGCAGAGAGAGGUCUUGUACUCCGAGACGUUCAGGGCUCUGAAUGACUUGUUGAGGAGUGUGUUGGAGCAUGACCUGAGUCCAGAUGGGCUUCAGACCGUCUUUAAGCACAUAGAGGGAUGGUUGAGUUCUGGGCUGGACCAUGAGCGAGAGAGGGCCAUCCUGACCACACUGGAAGUCCUGCAGUUCUACCUGGACAGUCUCACUGUGAAGAACAUGGUGACGUUCCACAACUUGGGCGCCCUGCUGGGGCGUCUGGCCCCCCGCUGCACCGACCCCGUCCCUCUGGUGCGGAGGGCGGCCGUGGACUGCAUCUACACACUGCUGCACAUCCAGCUACGCUACGAGGGGUUUGCCUUGGACUACAAAGAUGAGUCGGUCGAGGGCCUGAUCAGCCUGCGGGAGAGGCUGGACAACCCAGACCACUCGGUCCUCUAUAAAACCUGCUCAGAGCUCACUAAGAUCAUCAGUAAGCGUCUGCCCCAGCAGCAGCUCAGCACGCUGCUCUUCAUGCUGUUUGAGGGGCUGGUGGACUCCCAGUCCAACUGCUCACGGGCCUCCAGCGUCAUCCUCAACACACUGAUGAAGAACAGAGGGGCCAGCCUGCAGGACCUGGUCCCCGAGGUUCUGGAGGUGCUUCACCUGAGGAUGCAGGUGAUCUCUGAGGACCAGGUGAAGGUGGCCGUGGCCCAGUCCAUCCUCAUCCUCGCCACGCAGCAUCUGCAGACUGUCGUCAGCACCCUCAUCUCCUACCCACUGCCCUUCGACAGCUGGAGCUGUGAGAUGUGGAUUGCUCUGGGAGCAGAUAGCACCAUUGCGUCUCGCAUUAUGGAGAUGAUGAUUGAGAAGCUGAAUGUUCUGGCACCGUAUGUGGACAAGAAGGAGUCGAUGCUGAGGCCAGGCCUUACCAAAGUGGCCACCAGCCAACCGCUAGCCAUGACCUGUGCGCUGAGAGAGCUGAUGCUGAAUGGUCAGACGGUGGAGGCGGUGGCGUCUCUGUUCCCGCUGCUCUUCAGUGCGCUGCUGGUGCGGGUGGGCUCCAGCCUGGGCGUGCAGCUGCCCAAAGACAUCAACAGCAACAGCAUCGGCCCCGACAAGAAGGGGGCGGCCAAGGGCGCCGCUGCCUUCGAUGUGUGCGGGGUGGCGGUGGAGGCCCUGCGCAUCCUGCUGGCUCGCGCCCAGCUGGAGGAGGUGCUGAAGCCCCUGGACCAGGACGGCGCCUGGGACAAAAUGAAGGAUCCUCAGCAGCAUAUAGUAGGCAUCACGCUCCUGUCCAGAGCCAUGGCCAAGCAUGCAGGGCCUCGUCUUCCUGCCAUCGUUGAGGCCUUGUGUCCCUGCCUGAACAACAUCUACGAGUGCCAGAGGAUCACCAUCACCGCCUUCUUCGCAGAGCUGCUGAACCACCAUGUGGUGACGGAGCUGAUGAUGAUGGACCUGCUGAUGAACAACAUGAUGGAGCGCAUCUCGGAGCCCUGCUGUGCCGUGCGCAUGCUGGCCCUCCGCGGCCUGGGCAACAUCGCCGUGGGCUCCCCAGAGAAGGUCAAUAAAUAUGCCAAGGAGCUGCUGGCGGCCAUGAGUGCUGGGAUGGAGGAGAAGGACGACCCAGGGAAACACAUCACACUGGAGGCCAUGUCAGGCCUCUCCAAAGUGCUGCUCUACCUGGACCAGAAGAACGUGCAGCUGCUGGUGGUGUACAUCUUCAUGAAGAUCAAACCCUUCCUGGAGAACGAGAGUGAUGAAAUACGGUGUGCUGCCAUCAUGCUCCUGGGGAACCUGUCCAAAUUUGGCUCUGGAGAACCCGUCUUCAAAGACCAGAUCCAUAACGUACUGGUCAGCCUCCUGCUGCACCUCUGUGACCCAAGCCAACAGGUGGUCAAGGCGAGUAAGUACUCCAUCCGGGUGUGUGCGCCCCUGGUGGGCUCGGAGCAGAUCACCAGCAUGUUCCAGAAGCAUCUUCACGAGGACAAAGGCUUGCACUACGGCGAGUUCGUCAACGAUCUCACCAAAUACCUAAUCCAGGACUUCCCGGCCAUGCUGAACUUUUACCACAACAGCGUCGUUCAGUUCUUCAAAAGCAACUGGGCUGAAAUCCGAGCCAGUGCUGCAAUGUUUAUCGGCUUUCUCUUGGGGAAUCUUCCUGAGGACCUCUUCAUUCACAUGAAUAUGGGAAACAUAACAAGGGGUCUGGUGAUGCUGUUGCAAGACCCUGACCCUAUAGUGCGAGCCAAGGCAGCAGAGGCCAUGGGCCACUUCCACUGACCACCUCACCCAGCCAUGGAGAGUUAGCCCCGUUUCUUCCCCUUUUAAAGCAGUCAAGAACAGGGAGGGGGGUGAAUUACUCCACUUGAAUUAACCCUGGAAGGAGUUACGUGACCAAAGAGUGUGUACCAAUCCAGUUUCAAACAGUUAUAUAGUCUUAACCUUGGGAUUCCAUUCAUGAACUAUUUGCCCAAAAUUGUUCUGUUUACAAUCUGGUGUUGGUGUGAGAAGAGUGCCUGGUGGGCACGUGUGCAGUCAUUACCACGAGUGGCCAUCUAGUGGUUUCGAUGGUCACUUUCAACCAAUUAAACUGGGAGGGAAGCAGCUUGCUAAGUACUCCCAUACUACAACAUGAAUGCUAAAGCCUGCUACAUGCAGCCAUUCUUCUCUCUAAUGCACUAAAAGUAACUACAAUAUUUCGUUCCCUCCCCAGCCAGUGGUGGUGGUGGUGGUGUUGGACCACUUAACCCAGCCCUCUUUCCCUGAGUACUGGGCUUGGGGCUGGGCUUAGACUGGACCUGAGCACUUAGUCUUGAUGGAUAGGUUAGCUUACGAUGCCUUCUGGCUGCUGGUGGUUUGAGAGCCCUCCAUACCUACACACAGCAUGUCCUCCAUGUCUCCCUCAGCCUCUCAUAAGUGGUUGUUCCCUGUGACACUAGUAAAAGAAUACAGAGAGGUUCUCAGAGUACAGGCGUCCUGGGCAGAAUGUCAUUCCUCAUCAAGUGCAAACUCUAACACUGUAGACACCUUUAACAGUCAGCAGUAGCAUGGAGCCGAAAUGCUGUGUUUAGCUUCUUAACUGAUUAUCAGCGAUGCAGACCCAGGGUAGGACCCUGACGACUUCCCUUAAGAGAGCUGGAGUUGGUUGUUUUGUAGAGCUUACAUUGCAGAUUGAUGCUUCUUCUUCUUCCUUCCAACUUAAGUGUUAGACCCCGAGACAAGCCCAGCCUGUUGAGAGAGAGAGAGCUGCGAUUGAAACAGUGCCAAAUAUUUUAUAUCAGUAGAGAACAAAUAAGUUACCCUUAUAGUGAUGCAAUAACGUUUGACAUUUUCAUACUAUGCCUUUCUCGAUCCGUCUGCCAUUCCAGAUUUUGUAUCAUCCAGCCUUCCCCCUUCCCUCCUCCUCCUCCUCCUCCUCCUCCUCCUCCUCCUCCUCCUCAUCGGGUACAGUGUGGGUGGGGUGUGUGUCAGGGUACUGGAGGCUGCUCUUACUGCAGUCGCUCACACUGAGCCACUGAACAGUACAUUGCACUUGUCAGCCAUCCUGCCCUGUCUGCACAAACACACACACACACACACACAUAUACACACUCUUUAGUGUUUGUGGUACUUCAGUUGUGUCUGUGUGUGUUUUGUCUCAGUAGUGGGAGCACUUUUCCAUGUAUAGGGGGGAUGUGGUGCCACUCUCCUCUUUUGGAUGCUGUGUGUGUGCGUGCGUGCGUGCGUGCGUGCGUGCGUGCGUGCGUGCGUGCGUGCGUGCGUGCGUUGGUAGAAAUACUUGAGUAUGUAAUGGACCUUGUGAGUAGCAUCGGGUGGAGUGAAAUUGGAGGGAGAGUGUUGUGUCCAUCCUUCUGUCGUGUCAUGUUUUUUAUAUAACGGUCCUUAAUAUGAAGAUGUUACUGCUACUCCCCAUGAGAUGGGGUCAGACUACUGAGAGUGAUGGCAAUCAACUCCUUUAAGAAGAAUCAUUAAAGAUAUAAUUCCUGACAACCA